UAUCAGGGUUAAGCUGAACGACCAGCUAUUGGGGCAACUAGUCUAAUGCAAAACGACGUUAAUUUCGGCUUCAGUACAUCUAAGUCAUACAAAAUUCGAAAGUAGAAAGCAAGCCCUAAGAUUUUCCCCACGUCGCGGCAAACCCUAACCCUAAGACUAGAUUUGCUGCGUGGAAACUGAUUAAAGAGUAGAUGGAUCAUAUUAGCGGUCUACCUGACGAGGUUCUUUGCCAUAUCUUGUCCUUCCUUCCGACAAAGCUUGCUGCUUUGACAUCUGUUUUAUCAACUAAGUGGCGCAAUCUUCUUGCGUUUGUCCCUAAUCUUGACAUCACUUGUCCUAUUAAGAUCGUGCCUGUAGAUAGCAUUGAUUAUGGUAUUCCUAAGGAGAAUAUGUAUGGAACUAUGCGGAGCUUCAGGGGGUUUAUAGAUAGGGUAUUGGCUUUGCAGGGUGAUUCUUCCAUUAAGAAAGUCUCCCUCAAGUGUAUAAACUACAUUCAUCCAGAUCAUUUGGAUCGUUGGAUAUGUAACGUGCUGCGUCGUGGUGUUUCAGAACUUGAAACUGUCAUCUAUGAUCAAGAUGGUGAUGAUGAUUUUAAUUAUCUUCUGCCCCAAGAGAUGUUCGUCAGUAGGACACUAGUCAAGUUGAUAUUUAGCAACGUUGAUUGGUGGCCUGGAGCUGAAGGAACUUUUUUGCCUAAGCUUAAAACUCUAGUGGUUAACGGAUUUUUUUGCUCGGAUAAGCUUGAGAUGAUUCUCCCCGCUUUCCCUGUGCUUGAAGAGUUAUACAUAAAAGACAUUGUGUGGAGAGGUUCGGGUGAUUCAGUGUCAAGUGCAAGCCUUAAGAAGCUAACUAUCCAUGCCUUGGGUUGUGAAAGCAUGACAGUACAUAUUACAAAUAGCAUGAGCAUUUCUUUUGAUACUCCAAGUCUGCUUUACCUUGAGUAUUCUGAUAAAGUUGCGAGCGACUAUCCCAAAGUUAACUUGCCUAUUUUAGUUGAGGCUGUAAUCGACCUUGAUAUACGUGAUUAUACAAUGCUAGACAGAGAGCGAAAUGCUGAUGGAUUUAGGAACUAUGUUGUUCUGUCAUGUGGAAAUUUGUGUAAGCUCAUGACUGGCAUAAGAAAUGUGAAGACACUUACGUUUUCUUGUGAAACUCUCGAGUUAUUUUCUCUAUGCUUUGAAUCGAUGCCUGUGUUCAACAACCUCAAAAGGUUACGAAUUAGUGGGAGUCGCCCUCCAGUGGGAUGGCAAGCAAUGCCGGUUCUCUUACAAAACUGUCCACAUUUAGAAACUCUACACAUAGAGUGUCUUCGUAUUUGUGACUGCAUUUCUUUGGAGGAGAAUGGUGGUUGGCUCACGUCUUGUCCGGUGGAAAAGAUAGUGGAAGAGAUACAGAUUGAAAUGUUUAGAGGGACAAAGGGAGAGAUUGGAAUGAUAAAGCAUAUGUUGGAGUCUUUCUCGGGUUUGAAGAGGAUGACGUUGUAUGCCGGAAGGGAUUAUCCUACAGAUAUCUUUGAUCUUGUUGUGAAGAUGGUGAAUCUAUGCAAUGAGAGUUACCGAGCUGUGGUGAACACUUCCUGGUGUGUGAUUCGCCCGAUAUCUGAAGUAGACUCUAGUUUGAAAUAGUUGGAAAAGUCUAAAAGAGUCAACUGCUGGUUAUCGAUCCAUCUGAACUGAAAUUUGUACCGAUUUUUAUAUACAUUUGAUACACAUCCCUAGUCCCCUACA